CUCGUUCACAAAGACGAGGAUCGUCCUCUUCUACAGCAACUUGUAGUAGUACGCCUUCCGGAGGCGGUGCGGCUAGAAAUGAAGCGACGAGGACACAGCUGGUCUGGUACGGUGGAGCUUUGUAUCACGACCUGCACCAUCAGCGAGGAGAUUGCCACUUCCAACAGUUUUUCACGUAUCUUGAUGCUUUCUUCGGUUUUCUCUCAGGGAACUAGUAAAACGUCGCCCCUCAACGGGAGAUACGGGUACUACUUUGCUGGAUGAGAGUGAAGAUGACAAGGAUUUUACUACAGUUCUUGAAGAGACCACUCUUGGAGUUUCUCACUUUAUUCAUGACGACGCAUUGUUACAUCAACUUAAUACAGGUAGUACAUCAAUAGCUCGUCUUUUGUGUCAUAAAUCAGUGUAGAACGAAUGUUCAGCUUCAUGGGACUAAGAAGGAAGUUGUAUUGAUCCGUGAUGACACGAAGAUCGCAGGUCCCAAAAAUUGUAAUGUAGUGGAAGAUCACAGCCAGGAAGAAGAACAAAACUUCCUCGUAUAUCAGUACCUGUACUCCGGUUACUAACUUUUCCCGCGUCCUCUUCGUCACCGUCUUAGUUACAGCACACCAUUAUUUUUAGUUCCACCACAUUAGUAAACAUAUGUCUUGCUGCUAAUAAAAAGUGCUUGAUCAGAUCCCCUUUCCUGUUUUGACCAUUGUUGUUGCUUGUUUUUACCUUCCGUACUUCUACCAGCUUGCUCUAUUACACCUUCAAUCAUAAGAACUACAACAACUUUACUUACACACACAUCAUGACCUCCAUCGACGUCCGAACUAUUUUGAUUACACAGAAUCAGAAGGAGGCCCAAAAUAUAAGUAGUUCUCACCAUCCCCUAGUCCUCCUCCUCCCUAUAGUACCCAUUCCCUUUUUGUUGAUAGCCAACUACAAAGGAUCCCGAAGUUCUCCGGCCAAGCCCGUCGCAUGUGUGUUGCACGACUACCCUUGUCGUCCAAAUCUGGUUUUCUAACUUCAGCUCUUCAAACGCUGCACUAUUCUCCUUGUUUCUCAUAUUUCCUUGUUGCGAGUAACACUAAAACUAAAAUGGUUGUUCCUUUCAUUACUGCAGAAGUUGCAGGCGCCGUCACAUUCGGCAUCAGAGGGUGUGCCUGCAGCUCCUGGUUCACGCACGUAUCGUCCUCGUCGUGCUGCAGCUUGGGGUACUUACGUCUUUUAUGGCGCCAGUAGAAGGAUUAGCUACAACCACAACAUGAGGCGAAGAGAAUGGAAUUCAAGUCAGAUAGAAAUUAAUAGAAUGAAAUUCAAAUUUUUAGAUGAAUGAAAAUUAUCUUUAUCUUCAUUAUACCUCAAUUAUAAGUCCUCUCUACAUUCUAACUCCUUCGAAAUACUGGUCUUGGAAAGUCCUAGGCUCAUCUUAUUAUACCUCAUUCGUCGGUGCCCGUCGGUGCCAGUAUUCUCGUUCUUGUGGCUUAUAACUUCGCGUGACACCUUCACCUUUGUUCCUCAAUACAUAGUACCUACUAGUCUUUAGUAGUCUACUCUCCUUACUACUACUAGUCAUUCGUUCCUAAAUCUUCAUUAUCUUUGGGUCAGUGUCUCCAUCUUGAGCUACGCUUUUUCCUUGCACCAGAGAGAAUGAAGAAGUACUCCUCCAUUUUUUUUUCACGGCGCAAACAAAGAAAAUAUUAUAGUGCUGGCUAGUGGACCUAGACGUAGACUUCUACUUCUUAGUCCUUGCCUGGUAGACUCCUACCCGUUUUUUUAGUCCUUGUCUUGAUACAGAUACAACGAAUAUGCUAGAGCUGAAUCGGCACUUCCUUCUUUUUCUCAAGGAAGAAGUACCAUAGUAUGACUUCUGACGUUUAGAUUGGAGAAGAGGGCCACAAGAUUGGGAGGUUUGUCAAAAAUGAAGAGAAAUCAAUGAACAGAUUGUACAUGUUCAGUUGCAGAGGUUUUUAUAAUUAGUCUAGUUUAAGAACAACUACAAGUACAAGUAGGUUACUAGUCUACUGUAGACUGUCUAGUAGAUUAACAAAAAGUAGGUAUCAGCUCUGCAAUGUCAAACGGGAGUUGACUACUCAAGAAGAUACACAGAAGUUGCAAAACAACGUCGCACAGGAGACGAGAAACGUAUAAGCACUGUAUGCAC